UUUUUUCUUCACCCUUUCCUGUCAAUCGUCCUGUCAACUUCGCCUUGCGGUGGGGAUGAGGCCACCUCUCAGUUUCGAUUCGCUCGGCCCGCAAUCGAUAUCCAGUUUCACAAGAAGCAACGCGAGUCGAACCAAACUUUGUAUUUAUUUUUAAUACAAGAAAGAAAAACGCUGUGCCCACAUUUAGCUAAACUGUGUUUAACCGAGUUGCAUUAGUGAUAAACGCUAGUUAACAGUAGCUUUUAGUAGCGAAAUUGGAAGCCUGCGAGCAAGGCAGCAAAGAAGCAAAGAGACAAACGCAACGCCUGUGCAGUGUGUUUGUGUGCGUGCGUGCGUGUGUGUGUGAGAGAGAGAAAGAGGAAAAGAAAUUUUUCCUCAUCUACUAACCAAAACAAACGCACAAGCACAAAUUGCAGUCAUGAACAACAAAGGAGUUAAUGGAUAUCCUACGUAUGACGCCGUACAGCAGGCCGCACAGCAGGCUGCAUAUCAGCAAUACAUGCAUAACAACCAGAUGCACGCACAUGCACAACUUCCGCCUUCGUACAACUCGGUGGUGACCAGUAUGACGCCAACCUACCCGCCAUAUCCGCCCGGAGUCGUGCCCCAGCCGUACUACGCCAACAGCUGGAGCGUGAACCCGUCCCCCCAGGCCCAGUUUGCCCCGCAGCCACCGCCGUACGCGAGUGCACCGGCGGCCGUUGCCGCCAUCCCGGCGCAGUCGAUGCAUCCGCAGAUGUACCAGUACCAGAUUGCGGCCGCUCCACCGCCCCAGGCCCAGCCACCGCAGGUCUACCAGACGCCCGUCUAUCCGGUGCAGGGUGCCAUGUUCGAUGCCGGUGCGCGGUUCGGCAAGACCGGAGGCCAGCCAACGAUUCCACCGCCACCGCCCGGGAUCGCCCCGAACGCGGCCCAGAUGGCCUCGAUGCACGGUCAGCAGGUGAUGAUGGCCAAGAAGAAGAACAACUUCCUGCACGGUGGCAACGGGGGCGGCUACACGUUUUGGUGAAGUGUGACAGAGCGUGUGUGUGUGUGUGUGGUGCUGUGGUGCACAUGCAGCCUUUUUGGUGCAUUUCCGGCAGUAGGUGCCAUGGGAUAGGAGGGUUUGGUUGUGGAUGAGAGCGGAGGGGGGGGGGGGCAUGGGGGGUAGGGAGCAGGAAAAAACAAACCCGUGAUGUUUCGGGAACCCGUUUAGAAGGGAGUUGAAAAGGCUGGACACGAUUUACGAGAAGACUGCAAUCCUAAGGAGAGUGACGCACGCGAAUAGAAAGCUCUGUUACCAGUGGGGGAAGGGAUGAAAUUGGAACAGUUUGCGAGGGGAGUAGUGGGGGGGCAGCAUGUAAUGUGAGCAUUGCGAAAAAAACGCAUAGAAACAAAAAAGAAACGUUGCCGCACUCGGGUGAACGUUUUGGAGCGUUCUUACACGAAAGACUUGUAAGAUGCUGAAGGACGAACAUCAAACCAGUGGAGCCGUUUUGGGUUUCUUUUCAACCGUUUUUUUUUCUUAUAUCCGUAUUAUAUUUGUAUACGUUUGAUGUUGUGUGCAGACGGAAUUUUUUCCCUUUUCUUUUCAUUUACGAUCUACGAAAAUCUUACUAUAAAACAUCAACUUUAUAUAUUACCUUGAUUAUUGUGAACUUUUCCAACCUCCCCAGUGAAUACAUUCUUUUCAAGCAAGCACGAUGUUUUUUUUACAGUUUGAAUACUUUCACUCUCAAACAAGGAAAAGUUAGUACUCCUACCUAUUCUUUUUGAAUCCUAAACGGGUUUUGAAUAAACAAAAACUUGUGUGUUCAAAUGAAGAAAUGAAAUGUGUAAGCGAAAUGAAAAAACAAAUUAAAAGCAGAACUACAUUGAAAUCUGAGCAUGAGGCACGUGGUUUGCAGUGCGCGUGUUAAAUGUUGAUACUGGAACGAAGCAUAAUAACAAUACCUAUACACUGACCCACACACUUAACAGACUGCUCAAUAUAGCAAACUUUAUGAAGAAUUAAAACAAAACAAAAAAUACAAAAAACACACACACACACUCCAGACAUGUGGAACAUGACGCACAGCGAAGUGGGGGAGUCGAAGAGAGAUGGGUGCUAGACUUUAUAGAAAAAACGGGGUCGGGAAGCGGUCGAAGCGGACGUUGGCAGUGUAGGCAGCAGAGCAGGCAUGUUUAGUAAGUAGCAAAAUGGUUAAUGGAAUUCUCUAUUACUUAGAGUGAUCGAAACCCUUGUUCAAUGCAAAAGGAACGAAAGGAAGGACACAGAAAUAGUUGCAAUCUACCAAGCAAAUAAAGCAUAUAAACAACAUCAUCAUCAAACCAAGUCAUGUAGGGAAGCGGAUCAGACAAAAUCAGACAAGCGCAGGCAAAACGCAAUAAUAGCGGCAAACGAAGCGGGAAAACGAAUCGUGUAUGGUACUAGUGCCCUUUACCUUUUACCGCCAACCUUCCCUCAGUAUAUACAUACAUAUAUAUAUAUAUACACACAAAUACUACAUAUAAUUCCUCACACUUAGAGAUGACCUCUCUCCCGCGUGUGUUCAUCAGGCGCGGCAGCACCGAAACGGACAAGAAACGGAGGAAACAAAGCGCGCUAACUAUGAAGCAAUCUUCGAAAAGCAAACAUAUACACACACGCACAAGCACGUGUAAUCGUACCCGGUGCGAUAGAUAAUGCAACACAAUAUUGCCUUUUGUGUUUUAACUUUGUUUGCUGUUUUCGGUUGCCGCAGUGUUGCCGCCCCGUUAUAGUUGUUACGAAAAUCUUACUCCUCCCCCAGAAAAUCGUAUUGCCUGCAUACAAGAAGGAGCUCAACGUGUUACUCGCUUUGUGAUAGGAGAAGGGGUUGUCUAGCUAACUUGGUCGAAGGAUAAGUGAAAGACAGGACCGGCACUGGCCUGAUGGAAGAAAAGAGCAGCAGAAAGUAACCGGUAGAAAAGUUCAAAACCAAACGUAAGACUCAAUACGAAGUGGUACUUCUGGUCCAGUGUCCAGACUACACCAUCUUCCUUUCCUCUAUCGCGAACCAGUCAGAACACCAGCCCAGAAGAAUUCGUGUGUGUGUGUGUGUUGAGAAGGGCGACCAAAUUGAAACGACCAAAAUUAGAAGACUUUGAACGGAAACAAAAGCGCUAAAUUAAACACACACCACUAACACGCAAAUGAACACAAGCGUGUGGGGAGAAGUGACUUGAAGGGAGUCUCUUAAAAAUUCUAACAAUUCCAAACAACAAGCCUCUCGGUGCAGCGUAAAAAAAAGGAAGAAACUAGCCAGAAAGUUAAGCAAUAGAGGAAGAGGAAGAGUGGCAGUAAAACAAAAAAAACACACAAAAGAACGCAAACGAAUCGCGACACAUUCAAUUCAAUUAUAGCAAGUAGUAGUUUAGCGGAAAAUUGCAGCGAGUUGAACGGUUUGAUAAAUAGAACGCAUUGGAGUGUAGGCAACGGCAGACGGUAAACAAAAAGGAAAAAGUAGGAAAGGGUCCUUGAGCGAAAAUAAGGAAAUUGAUUAUUAAAAUCCACAAUCCCACAAGUGAUCUAGUUUGGCUGAGAAACUUUAUUAAAAAAAAAAAGAAAAACAACAAACAAACGAAACUAUAUAUACUUAUACAUAAUAUUAUACGUUAAAAUCCAUAUUCAGGAAAGGAUCGGAUCGAGCACGAAGAUGGAACAGAAAUGCAUGAAUGAAACGGAGAAAGGAUGAACACACGCACCUAUUGCUUAUUGCAAAACAAAACAAAACAAAAACUCGUAAAGGAAAGGAAUGAGAAUUGCAGCAAGGGAAGCGGUCGAAACGAAGAGGAAUGCUUUAAUAUUAGCCAAAAGCGUGUGAAGCGUUGUAGUAGAGGUACCUACGGUAGGGCUGGUAAUUUACUAAACUAAUGAAAUUGGAAGCAUAUGCCGAAGGAAAGAAGGAGAUUGGCACGACGAAGGCGAUCCGGUAGCUGAGAAAGUGGGAUUUAGUUUUGUUUUCCAUUCCGUUUCAUUUGAUAUCUUUUAUGUGUGUUUUGUGUGUUUCCGUUUCGUUUUUUUGAGUUUAUUUGAAUGUGGGCAAAGAAGAAGAAGAAGAAAAAAAAAUGCAUCUUUAUAUCUCAUUUCUCAACAAAACCCCGCGCGCGCGCCUAGGUAAUUCCAGUUUCGUUUCCACCAACGAACGUCGGUCGCAUAAAUAUAAAUGUAUGGCAUGUGAUGCGUUUGUUUCCUUUUUUGUUUGUUUUUGAUUUAGUGGCAAUCCGGGCAAAUGUACGAUGCAAUCCAAGCGAAAGGAAGUAAGCAAAAAGUAUUUCAACAAAACUGAUAAACGAAUAAAGUGAAAUUGAAAACACAA